AUGGCCUGGUAUAUUGAAUCGGAUCCCUUUUUGGCGCUACGUCCCUUCCCAGAAAAUCCAUCAAAUGGAUUAGUUGAACACUGGCACGAAAUUGCUUUUUUUACAAUCUUCUUCCAUCUUAUUAUGAAGGUGGCACCGGUUAUCAACUCACAAUGGUUUGGGAAGUUCUAUGACGAUCUCAGUAAAACCGACAAGAAGGCCAAACUCAACUAUGAUAUCCGAAUUGUCGGUUUGGUAUUCUCCAUUAUGUCGGUGCUCUUCUGCAUUCCGAUGUUUAUGCAUCCUGACUUCCAUGGGAACCCAAUACAAGGUGAAUAUCCGUUUGCAUCGUUUGUUACAUCAGUAGCUGUUGGCUACUUUAUCUGGGAUCUAUUUUAUUGCUGUAUUGUCCAUUACGAUUUAUUUGGUUUUGAGUUUCUGUUCCAUGCCUUUGGUGCAUUAUUGGUUUUUGGUACAACAUACAUUCCUUUCUGCCAACCUUUUCUUUGUUCAUUCCUGGUAUUUGAAGCAAGUACCCCAUUUGUGCAGUUGCAUUGGAUGUUCACUAGGGCUCCAAAGGGCAUGUUUUCCCCAACAGCCAUCACCAUCAACGGCGUCUUUCUAAUCUCCACGUUCUUCUUCUCGAGGAUUCUCUGGGGUGUUUACGCCACGUAUAAAAGCUUUGUUUUGUGUUGGCCUCUUAGAAAUGAGUAUCCAUCAUUAUUGAUUCCUACCGUUUACUUGUUGAACGGUGGUUUCCAAUUCUUGAACUUUAUGUGGUUUUCCAAGAUGUUCAAGUUGGCAAAAAGAAUGGUAUCUCCGCCGCCACCACAAUCAAAAAAGGUUAAUUAG